GCCGAGCCGAGCCGAGCCGAGCCGAGCCGAGCCGCCUCAGGGCAUGUUUUCAAGCCAUUUGUGAGGAAAUGUGGUGAAUGUAAACUUGCUCUCUUCGGGGGGGAAAUUGUGCUGAGGCUCGCAUUAUCCCUUUUGGCCACAGCCUUGCGAGGGGAAUUCAUGUCGAGCUGAUUGCUUCCCAGGACCCCGGGUCUCACAUUCAGUCUGUGCUUUGGAGGAUAGAGUCCUCUCUCUCCCUCUCAUCCUGAUUUUAGAUAAUGGGCUGUGUGCAAUGUAAGGAUAAAGAAGCAACAAAACUGACUGACGAGAGGGAUGGCAGUUUAACUCAAAGCUCAGGCUACCGCUAUGGGACAGAUCCUACUCCUCAGCACUAUCCCAGCUUUGGUGUGACUUCAAUCCCAAACUACAACAACUUCCAUGCCACAGGAGGCCAAGGACUGACUGUGUUUGGUGGAGUCAACUCCUCCUCUCAUACAGGGACGCUGCGUACAAGAGGAGGAACAGGUGUAACUCUUUUUGUGGCGCUUUAUGACUAUGAAGCAAGAACAGAAGAUGACUUGAGUUUUCACAAAGGAGAAAAAUUCCAGAUACUUAACAGCUCGGAAGGAGACUGGUGGGAGGCCCGUUCCUUGACAACAGGAGAAACUGGUUACAUUCCCAGUAAUUAUGUGGCUCCAGUCGAUUCCAUCCAAGCAGAGGAGUGGUACUUUGGCAAGCUGGGCCGAAAGGAUGCCGAGAGGCAGCUGCUGUCGUUUGGAAACCCCAGAGGUACCUUCUUGAUCCGGGAAAGCGAAACUACCAAAGGUGCCUAUUCCCUGUCUAUUCGAGACUGGGAUGAUAUGAAAGGAGAUCAUGUCAAACAUUAUAAGAUUCGUAAACUUGACAAUGGUGGAUAUUAUAUCACAACUCGGGCACAAUUUGAAACUCUUCAGCAGCUGGUUCAGCAUUACUCAGAGAGAGCUGCAGGUCUUUGCUGCCGCUUAGUAGUCCCCUGUCAUAAAGGAAUGCCAAGGCUUACUGAUCUGUCUGUCAAAACCAAAGAUGUCUGGGAAAUUCCACGAGAAUCCCUACAGUUGAUCAAGAGACUGGGAAAUGGGCAGUUUGGGGAAGUAUGGAUGGGUACGUGGAAUGGAAAUACUAAAGUGGCUAUCAAGACCCUGAAGCCUGGCACCAUGUCUCCAGAAUCCUUCUUAGAGGAAGCCCAAAUCAUGAAGAAGCUAAAACAUGACAAAUUGGUCCAACUUUAUGCUGUGGUAUCUGAAGAGCCUAUCUAUAUUGUCACAGAGUACAUGAGUAAAGGGAGUUUGCUGGAUUUCCUCAAGGAUGGAGAAGGAAGAGCCUUGAAGUUACCGAACUUGGUGGACAUGGCGGCCCAGGUGGCCGCGGGCAUGGCGUACAUCGAGCGGAUGAAUUACAUACACAGGGAUCUGCGCUCUGCCAACAUCCUGGUGGGCAACGGCCUCAUAUGCAAGAUUGCCGACUUUGGAUUGGCAAGACUGAUUGAAGACAAUGAAUAUACAGCCAGACAAGGUGCAAAGUUCCCCAUUAAAUGGACUGCACCAGAAGCGGCGCUGUACGGAAGGUUCACAAUAAAGUCAGAUGUGUGGUCUUUUGGGAUCCUGCUGACAGAGCUGGUAACAAAAGGGAGAGUGCCAUACCCAGGCAUGAAUAACCGGGAAGUCUUGGAGCAAGUAGAACGAGGUUAUCGGAUGCCGUGUCCUCAGGACUGUCCCAUCUCCUUGCAUGAGCUUAUGAUUCACUGCUGGAAAAAAGACCCAGAGGAGCGUCCAACUUUUGAAUAUUUACAGGGUUUUCUUGAAGACUACUUCACUGCAACAGAACCCCAGUACCAGCCUGGUGACAACCUGUAAAUCCUUGGUUUCCAGACACUGUCAUGAAUUACCAGGAAUUUCUCAGCCCUGUCCCACCUGCUCUCCACCUUCCAACUCUGUGAUCGGCUUCUCCAGAGUGCAACAUCUUCCAGCACUGCAGUGCACAGGAGGGGCUGCAGCUGGGAACUUCCACAGCCCUUGCCUACGACCACUUGUCCUAAUAAUCUGAAUGUCCUGGAUGAAAAGGAGAAAAACACUUGUUUUUUCUUAAUCAAAGACUCCAAAACUGCAUUGUAUUGAUGUUAUGUAAACUGCAAAACCUCUGUUCAUUGUAAAUAGUAACUCAGUGCCAAUAACUGAUCCUAGUGCUUUCCUUUUUUUAAAAUGCAAAACCUAUGUGAUUUUAACUAGUCUUCUCCUGAUUCAACUAAAAGUAUUAUUUUCCAGAAGUGGCCUCUUUGUCUAAAACUUUUUUUUUUCAUGUUUUAACAAAUAAAAAAAAUCAGGACAGGUGUUUGGGUUUUUGCUUUUUUAUAUAUAAAAUAUAUAUAAUAUAUAUACAUACCUGUACAUACAGUAUAUGGGUGCUAUUGCAGAGGAGGCUCAUUUGGAAUUGAAUGACUCCUGCUGCAGCUGUACCCAGAAAGCGAUAAUUUUACUGCAGACAUGAAAACACUGGUGGGAUUCUGAAAGCCAGUGAUCUAAUUUUUGGCUUUUGCCAAGCAUGAUUUUUUUAAAUUGGAUUGCACUUUUUGUUUAUGAUUAUGUACCUGUAGAUGGUUGUAACUUUGCUCUUUCAGGAAUCACGUGCUGUAUUUACAGUAAUGUUUCCAAUGUUUGACAAGUGUGUGAUGAUUUGUUCUUGAAAUUAAAACAAACAUAUUUAAAGCAAGAAAACUACACCAUCACCGUUUGAACUGGAAAAUUGAAACUGCAAGGACUUCUUGUAUCAAAACAUGUAUACUGAAUUGUUUCAAAAAAAUUUAUUAAGCAGUGUAACCACAUUCAGAUGGUCUUAAAAUAAUAGCAUUUUAGCCAUGUCCCCCUGCUAAACUGUUGGUCAUGCAACUAGGAUUUUUCUGUUUUAUGUGUAACAUUUUUCCAUUGUAAAAUAAGUGUGUUGAGUGUCCUGUACUGCUAAUGAAAUUACUUUCUCUGUGU